AUGCAAUGUCUACACAGAUGGCGCGGUCGAAAUUCUACCACGAAUACGGAACUCAAUCCAAAAACGCUUGCUUCUGGUUUAGACGAUUAUCCAAGAGCAAGCCAUCCAUCUGACGAGGAAUAUCACCUUGAUCUUCGUUGUUGGAUGGCUCUGGGUAGUCGAGUUAUGGACCGACUAGCUCAUCUGUUCGAGGAAGAGAAAUAUAAGAAUAAAUACACAGAUCAGGCAUCUAAUCUGGGUGACUUCGACGAACUUGUCCGCCUUCACUGGAGUGAUAACAAAAAGGGUUUCUUCGAUUAUGGGCUACAUAGCGGAAAUGUGAGUCUCAUAAGGAAGCCUGUUCAAGGAACUCCGGACAGAUAUGUCUUUGAAAGAUCGGUCUUUGCUCCAAAGAUAUUGGGCUUUGUUGAUGACGUGUUCGGAUAUAACAGCUUGUUUCCGUUCAUGCUUCGACUACUGCCGCCUGAAUCGGAAACACUCUAUCAUACUCUAGCAAGAAUUGUAGACCCUGAGUUCUUAUGGACUCAAUAUGGUCUUCGCUCGAUUGCUCGAACUUCUCCGUACUAUGCUGCCAGAAACACUGAGCAUGAUCCACCUUAUUGGAGGGGGUAUAUUUGGAUCAACAUUAAUUAUAUGGUUCUUUCGGCGUUGAAGUAUUAUGGAUCUCUACCUGGACCUAGUCAGUCUACUGCCCAAAGCACUUUCUAUGAGCUCAAAAAGAAUCUGGUCACAAACAUGGCUAAGGAGUUCAAUCGAACUGGCUACAUAUGGGAACAUUAUGAUGACAAGACUGGGCAAGGUCGUGGUUCUCAUCCCUUCAAUGGGUGGAGUUCGUUGGUAUUGAUGAUUAUGGGUGACAACAUGGAUGCUUUAUAG